AUGGGGCUUUCCCUCCGGCUUAUCGCAUCUUCGUUCCUUGCCGCAUGGACCCUGCCUGGUGCUCGAGGCCAAGGUCAGGCUCCUAUCGGGACCAAUGGCACUGGUCCACUGUCUCAAUACAAAUCUAGACCUGACAUUUACGCUCCUUUCCUCAAUAUUUCCUUGUUCGACGAAGAUGCCGUAACUCCUGGCUAUAUUUUUCUAGGACCAUAUCAAACAUUUCAAGAGGCGAUCUACAUCUAUGAUAACAGAGGAAACUUGGUUUACUCCGGGUUUGGCUCGACAGGCGGCGGUCCUUCUCACAAUUUCCAUGUCUGUUCGGUCGAUGGAACUGAUCAUCUGUGUUUCAUUACGGGCGCACAAAAUGAUGGAUAUGUUCGCGGCUACGCCGUGAUCCUCGACGACUCGCUCACCACGCGAACAUCUAUCCACUCCCAAGGUGGGUUGGCCAAUUUUGACGAACACGAAUUCCACGUGCUUGACGAUGGGACUUCCCUCUUCACGCUCUAUCAGCCCGAGCAUUACGAUCUGACCGACUAUGACAUCACUGCCGGGCAAGGCUGGAUCAUGAACAAUUUCUUCCAACACAUCGAACUCGGCACGAAAAGACUGCUCUUUGAAUGGUCUGCUCUUGAUCAUGUCCCGUUGAGCGAGAGUUUCGUGAUGCCCAAUUCGACCGAAGUCUCUGGAACCGGCUUUUCAUCGACGAGUCCAUGGGACUACUUCCACAUCAACGCGGUCGAUCAGAAUGCAGAUGGGGACUACUUGGUUUCUGCCCGCCAUACCUGCACGGUGUAUAAAGUUUCGGGUCAAGAUGGACAUAUCAUAUGGAGGUUGGGCGGAGCCACCUCUGAUUUCAGCUUCGCCCCGGGCCUGAAUUUCAGCUUUCAGCAUGACGCACGGUUUCGCGAAGAAAACGAGACCACGACCAUUAUUUCGCUAUUUGACAACGCCUCGAAUGGUUACAAUCAGACAUCACGGCAUUCGGCGGGGAUGCUUCUGAAAUUGGACCACACCACCGGCACUGUAUCGCUCGUUCAAGACUUCAUCGCACCAGAUGAAAUGAUCUCGGCCUCCCAAGGGAACAUACAGCUCCUGGGACGCAAUCAAGACUGGCGUACCUCCAAUGUGUUCUUGGGUUGGGGCUCCAACGCUUACAUCUCGGAAUACACGCCGGACGGGCGUAUGGUACAGCAAGGCCACUUUGCUACCACGGGAUCGAUGAACUAUCGCGCCUUUAAAUAUAACCUCACCACCAACCCGACCGACGCCCCCGCUUUGUACACCUAUGCACAUAACACAAGCGCUCCCACGUCGUAUUGGAUGAGUUGGAAUGGCGCCACGAAACCAGCCCAAUGGCGCAUCUAUGCCAGCACCUCCCGCACAGGACCUUGGACCGUCGUCGACACGGUCGACCGCAACGGGUUUGAAACUCACUUCACCGCACCGAGAUAUCACGCAUGGAGUCUGGUGGAAAGUCUCGACGCGGACGGUAAUGCGCUGAAAAACAAUACCAGACCGAUUCGGACGUUUGUGCCGAGCCCAGAACUUGCCGCGUUAUGCGAUAGUUUGUCAUGCCCCACGGCUGAGAGCUAUGAUGAGUCGUCUCCCCCCCGUCCAACACAGUCUGGGGAGGCCCCUGCCACCAGUUCGAGUGUGGCCGUACAUAUCCAGAGACGAGGUGGAAUGACGGGUGAGCUCGGGUUCGCUGCUAUGGUGGGCGUGGGAGCGAUGUUGGUAUAA